UAACAUUCUGUGCUUAGGGGAUGGCGCUGCACAGAAAUGCUCGUGUCCUUAUUUUUGCUCCCGCUGUUUUAACAGCCUUGUGCAUUUCAACUAUCAACGACCAAACCAGCUAUUAAAAAGAAAAACCCUAAAAUCAAUUUUCAAAAGUUCCUCUCUUCCCUCUCUUAAACAAGUGAAGAUAUUUUAUUAAUUGCUCUUAUGAUUCCAAUUCUUUAGCAUCAACAUUUAGGGUUUCGGAAUGGUAGGAAAGAUGAUGAAAUCAAGUUCGAGAGAUAGGCUUGCGAGCCUUAUCAAUUGUGCAAUGGACAUUCCUACAAAGCUCGAAAUUUUACGUCAACUGAAAGAAAAUUUGCUUCAAGAAACCGAUGCCGCUUCUCUCUCUGAUUUUCUUCCUCGCCUAUUAGAGUUGCAGUCUGAUGAAUACUCUCCUGUUCGUAAAUGUGUCACGGAGAUGAUUGGAGAUAUUGGACUGAAGCACUUGGAAUUUGUGCCUGAAAUUGUUAAUGUUUUAAUUAAUGUUUUGGAGGACCGUGCUCCUGCUGUUGCUAGACAAGCUAUUACUUGUGGAAUUAAUCUUUUUAGGUCUACUCUUCAAAAAAUUGCCAUUAAGGGCCUUUACACCAGUGAGUUGGAUGAUGUGCUUAAGUUGUCAUGGUCAUCAAUGUUAGAGUUCAAGGAAAAAAUAUACUCCGUAGCUUUUCAGCCUGUAAGUGGUGGGGUAAGAUUGCUGGCGCUGAAGUUUGUUGAAGCAGUCAUUCUUCUUUAUACACCUGAUCCCACUGGCCUUCCAGAACCUCCAACUAAUGAAGGAGAACAUCAGGAUUUUAAUAUAUCAUGGUUCCGCGGGAGCCAUCCUGUAUUAAAUAUUGGAGAUUUGUCAAUUGAGGCCAGUAAAAGAUUGGGUUUGUUGCUUGAUCAGCUCAGGUUCCCGACAGUAAAGUCUCUGAACAACUUGGUUAUUAUUGUUCUUAUUAAUAGUCUUGCCACUAUUGCAAAGAAAAGACCUCCAUAUUAUGGACGGAUCCUGCCAGUUUUACUUGGUUUGGGUCCCUCAGGCUCUGGGAUCGAAGUUAUGCAUGCUCCCGGUUCAAAUCAUGCUUUGGAAAAUGCCUUCCUCACCUGCUUGAAAUGCACUCAUCCUGGUGCUGCACCGUGGCGAGAUCGUUUAAUUGGUGCCCUAAGAGAGAUGAAAGCAGGAGGGGUGACAGAUGAGGUCCUAUGCUUGAAGGAGGGGGAAGAAGUCUCAAGAGCUGCUAUGGAUGAGAAAAACAGAACUGAAGCAUUUGAUGGUAUACAUAGUAAAUUUGGAAGAAAACGAUCUGGAGCAGAGGACAGUAUUGAGUUGGCUGAAGACAAUGAGAUGUCUGGAAAGCGUGCCAAACCAAUGCCUAGCGUUUCAGAUGAAUCGACUCAAGAGUUGAAUACAAAUAUUACAGUGUCUCAGGAUAACAUUCCAUCAGAUGAAUCUACUGUUAACAGAGGAGAUGAUGAUACUGGACCUGUACAGCAACUGGUUGCAAUGUUUGGAGCCUUGGUUGCUCAAGGUGAAAAGGCUGUUGGCUCUUUGGAGAUUCUUAUUUCAAGUAUCUCUGCUGACUUGUUAGCUGAAGUGGUGAUGGCUAACAUGCGCUACCUUCCUGCUAGUCAUUUGCAAGCUGAUGGAGGCGAUGAAUUGCUUCUGAACAUGACUGUGGUUGGCAGUAAUACUGAAGCCAAGUAUCCAUCAUCAUUUUUAAUGAAUGUACUCACACUUUCCACUUCUUUCCCUCAAAUAGCUUCCCGUCUUAAUACUCACCGGUCAGCAGCCAAUGACAUAGAGCAGCAGACAUUACAAGGACAGGAAGAACUUCAUGUUGCUCCUAUGGUUGAUAAUGCUGUUGUAUAUGCUGGAAUUGGUCGAGCUGAAAAUGAAAUGUUACCUUCUGGUUUAGCGGCUCCUUCAAAUGUGAUUUCAUCUGGAAUGGUUAUUGAUGUUCCAUCUGAUAUCCAAGGUGUUGGGGAUAUAGAGAGUGAGAUACCUGGUCUAGACUCUUCUGCUUGUAAUGAUGGGUUUUCUAGAACUGUGGUUGCUUCUUCAUUAGUCUCUACUGAUCUAGAGGAUGCCAAUCAAGACCAAGUUACUAGUUUGGAUGGAAGUUCAAAUAUGGAUUUACAUCCGGCAAUGUCGACAGAUAGGUCAGAGGAACUUAGUCCAAAAGCAGCAGUUACAGAUUGUAGCAGCCUGUUCUCUUCGGCAGCAGCUUCUGUGGGUUUACCUAGUACUUUUAUCCUUCCUAAGAUGUCAGCACCUGUUGUAGAUCUUGAAGAAGCACAGAAGGAUCAACUGCAAAACUUGGCUUUUAAGCACAUUGUUGAGGCAUAUAAGCAAAUAGCAAUUUCGGGAGGUUCACAAGUCCGCUUUUCCUUACUUGCCUAUUUAGGAGUUGAGUUUCCCUCAGAGUUAGAUCCAUGGAAACUUCUUCAGGAGCAUAUAUUGUCAGAUUAUGUGAACCAUGAGGGACACGAGUUGACAUUGCGUGUCCUCUACAGGUUAUUUGGUGAGGUAGAAGAGGAACGCGACUUUUUUUCUUCUACAACUGCUGCUUCUGUGUAUGAGAUGUUCCUUCUUGCAGUGGCUGAAACACUUAGAGACUCUUUUCCUCCUUCAGACAAAUCUUUAAGUAGAUUGCUUGGUGAAGCUCCUUAUUUGCCAAAGUCAGUUUUAAAUUUACUGGAGUCCUUGUGUUCUCCUGAAAAUGGUGAUAAAGCUGAGAAGGAUUUUCAAAGUGGGGAUCGCGUCACUCAAGGUCUCAGUACUGUUUGGAGCCUCAUUUUGCUGAGGCCUCCUAUUCGAGAAGUCUGCUUGAAAAUUGCUUUGCAGAGUGCAGUUCAUAAUUUGGAGGAAGUGCGUAUGAAGGCCAUUCGUCUGGUUGCAAACAAGCUUUAUCCUAUCUCAUCCAUUGCUCAACAAAUAGAAGAUUUUGCCAAGGAAAAGUUACUCUCUAUCGUAAAUAGUGACACUAAAGAAAUUAUUGAUUCGGAACGAUUAGACGUUGAGUCACAGAAGGAUUUCAACUUGGAAAAACUGUCAAAUGAUAAUCAGUCAGCAAGUGCCGCCAGUAAAGACAUCUCCUCUGACUCUCAUCAAUCAUGCACAUCUCAAAGCAUGUCGUCUCUCUCAAUCUCUGAGGCUCAGCAGUGCAUGUCACUAUAUUUUGCCUUGUGCACAAAGAAGCACUCCCUAUUUCGCCAAAUUUUUGCUGUUUAUAAUGGUGCGUCAAAGGAAGUUAAGCAGGCAGUUCAUCGCCAUAUUCCCAUACUAGUUCGUACUAUGGGCUCAUCACCUGAACUACUUGAAAUAAUCUCAGACCCUCCAAGUGGAAGUGAGAAUCUUCUGAUGCAGGUUUUACAAACACUGACAGAUGGGAUAGUUCCUUCCAAAGAAUUAUUAUUCACAAUUAGAAAGUUGUAUGAUGCAAAAGUAAAGGAUAUAGAGAUUUUAAUCCCAGUAUUGCCCUUUCUACCGAGAGAUGAGAUUUUGCUGAUGUUUCCCCAGCUUGUGAAUCUUCCUCUCGAUAAAUUUCAAUUUGCCCUUUCACGUGUACUUCAGGGAUCACCUCACUCUGGUCCAGUGCUCACUCCAGCUGAAGUGCUAAUAGCUAUCCAUGGAAUUGACCCCGAAAAAGAUGGAAUUCCCUUGAAGAAGGUCACAGAUGCAUGCAAUGCUUGUUUUGAGCAACGUCAGAUAUUUACUCAACAAGUUAUUGCAAAGGUUUUGAAUCAGUUGGUUGAGCAGAUUCCCCUUCCUUUACUAUUCAUGCGUACGGUUUUGCAAGCUAUUGGUGCUUUUCCUGCACUGGUGGAGUUUAUAAUGGAGAUUCUUUCUCGUCUUGUUAGCAAGCAGAUAUGGAAAUACCCAAAGUUGUGGGUAGGAUUCUUGAAGUGCACAUUCUUGACAAAGCCUCAGUCAUUCAGUGUGUUGCUUCAGUUACCUCCACCACAACUGGAAAAUGCUCUGAAUAGAACUGCAGCUUUGAGAGCUCCUUUGGUUGCUCAUGCUAACCAACCAAACCUCAAAUCUUCACUACCAAGGUCUAUUCUGGUGGUUCUAGGAAUAGCUCCAGAACAACAAACUUCAAGUCAGGCACAAACAAGUCAGGCUCAAACUGGGGAUACAAGCAACUCAGCAAAGGAGGUGCUGACAGAGAAAUCUAAAGAAUCUUCUAGUGCUAGCUGACAUGCCCUAAAACCAGUUGAUCAGAAAUUCUUGCUUCCAGGGAGGAAUCCCUGAGCUUGCCUAGAUGGGGCAACCCAAUUCCCCAUUCCUGGACUCCCAUCUGUGUACACACAUCAGUAAGAUGGGGAAUCAAAGGCAAAUCCCCAUGUUGUAUAGUACCUAACAGCUUGUACCUCAAAAUGCCAUUUAGUGGAAUUGCUGCCUUGGAUGAAGAGAAUGAAGAUUCAGGAAAGAUGUUACGAAGCCUUCUAGAUGAAUUAAGAGCAUGUAUCAUGUAAUGAAUUUUUUUUUUGCAAGUUGGAUAAACGAGGACAAACUGUGAAGUUGAGCAUCGUUAGUAUAAAAUCUUUUCUAUUUGCAAUAAUUUUCAUUGUACGAUGAAUGCAUUUUUCAGUUGAUCGAGGACAAAUUGCCAUCAAA